AAGAAAUAUUUUAACAAAAGAAGUUGUCAGAAAAUUGUUUUCCGGUGUUGAUAAAUUUUUGUUAUAGAAUUCAACUUUGAAAUAUUUGUCCUUUAUAAAUACAUACAUAUGUAGAUAUUUUUACAAUUCAACAGUUUUCGUAUAUAAAACGCAGUUAGUUCCCCUUCCGCAACAUAAAUAAUUAUUAAUAAACUCUACGGAGAAAAGCGAAAAUCUCAAUUUCACCUACAACUCAAGCCAAAAUGGUACUCUUGCAUGUCAAGCGCGGCGACGAGAAUCUGUUCAUUUACGAGACCAGCGUCGAUGAAGGCACCACUCAAGUUAUACGCGAGAUUACCGCUAUUUAUAACGGUCGCCUAAAGGUUUAUCGCAUUUGCUCGGAAAUUGAGGAGCUUAUCGAACAUGGCACCAUGCUGCCGCCGGAAAUGGUUGGCCUAACCGAUGAGCAAGUACAAGAAUUAAAAUUGAGCGACAUUUGGGCUGAGAAGUGUAUACCAGCAGGUGGUUUCAUUGUCAAUAAAGAUCCACUUGGACGUCGUAAUGGACAUCAGCCGCAAGAAAGAAUGCGUGAAAUGUUGAAGCAGGCAAUGGAAGAUGCUAAGAAAAUAAUCGAUAAGAAACUAGUGGCAGCGCGCCAACCGUUGAAUUUGAAAAAUAUUGGUGAGGCUUUGAAUUUGUUGCGCGGUGCCGUUACGAUUGUCUAUCCCAUGCAAUUGCCACCACACGAUACCAUACGCAUGGAAUUCGCCAAUACUGAGGACUUGCAUGGCACGCAGGCCUCUCGUGAGGUUAUCGAACCGUCACAGGCACAAUUGUGGUUCGCUGGCAAGCAGAUAUUGCCCGAAAAGAAAUUAAAUCAGUACAUUGGCAAGAAUGAUAAGACGAAAGUUGUAGUGAAAAUAAAUAAACAUGGCGAGGGUCCACCAGGCCGUGAGGCUGUGCUAACCGAAGAUAUGCGUAGACGUAUGAUGGCACAAGCUUAUCGCAGACAGGAGGAAUUAAAG